CCUGCCCUGCAGCCGGGCAGGGCUGGAGCAAGCGCUCGUGGGUGGGCAUCUUUCGGCCUUUUCAAUUCCCGGGCAGAUCUAUUAGCAGCUCAGAUGCCUUUCCCGGGAGGCGCGCCCCGCCCCGUGGCAGUUACCGAACCGUCCGCUUAAAACGGGAGCGGCCGUUUUCAACGGCUUCAGCAGCACACGGGGGCUUUCCCAUCUCGCGUGAAAACGCCUCUGCGGGAGCCUGGCCCACGGAGGAGGGUUCGUUGCCACAGGGACUGCGGAAGUGUUGGUAUUUCUGCGGCACCAAGGCAAUUUAUUUUUCUAUAGUGUCAUCUGUGGGGGAUCACAUUAAAAAACAGCAACAAUCAUCCAACCCCUCACCCUAGGUGCAGGAUUGAGAAUCCAGCAGAAUCCCUUCGUCCUGUUCUAGUCGUUUAAAUUAAAAUGUUAUGCUUGGCCUCAGGUGACUUCACUAGCUGUGUAAGAGGUGUCAGGUUGGGUUACACCUUUUAGCAGAGUUACUGCUUCCCAGGAAAGAGUCCCCCAUCCUAUCCUGAAUAUUGGGAUUGAUCAUGUCGUUCCGAUUUGGACAACACCUCAUCAAGCCCUCGUUUGUGUUUCUGAAGACCGAACUGUCCUUCGCGCUUGUAAACAGGAAGCCAGUGGUCCCUGGGCAUGUCCUUGUUUGCCCACUCCGGCCCGUGGAGCGUUUCCGCGAUCUCCGUCCUGAAGAAGUGAUUGAUUUAUUUCAAACAACACAAAUGGUUGGAAAUGUGGUGGAGAAACAUUUCUGUGGCACUUCGCUCACCAUUUCGAUUCAGGAUGGUCCUGAAGCUGGGCAAACUGUGAAGCUGGAACGUCACGACAAAGGAGAAGAGGACUCCCCUGUCAAGUGGAGGUCUGAGGAUGAAAUGGCAGCCGAAGCAGCAAGCCUGAAGAAAUAUUUUCAGUAAAAUCUGAGGUGAGACAAUCUGGAACAAAUCCUGGAGCAUAAGAAAACCAAAAAAGGGACUCAUUCUCCAAGUACUCUAUGACACUGGAUCUGCAGCUAACCAGCUUAGAUGACAUUCCACAUCCAUGAAACACUUUAUUGUACCAUUGGAUAGUGGCGGGGAUGAAUUUCACCUAAGACGACUGACAGACUGGAUUCAACACAACCUUUUGCAUAAUGGCUCAGAUUUUUGAAUGAUGUACUUGGAAGUGACUCUUUUAAAAUUGGCCCCGGGCCUAAACUGAAAUUAAAUAUUAGCAGCAAUAUUUGUCUGGUGUGUUACAUUACAUUUAUCUGGCUACAUUACAAAACAUUGGCUCCAUGUUGUGCCUAACGAUAUUCUGUUUGUAAUGUAUUGUAGUGCAGAAAAAUUACAUCUUUUAGUACUAGUAUGCGUCGCAGCAACCAAAGCUUUGUUAUAGCCUGGAUACGAUAAGCCUGGAGAGUUACCAUUUUGCUAGAUAAGAUUAUUGAAUAAGAAAUGCAUAAACUUUCUUAAGAUCAUACGUUCCUCUCUUACUUUGAAUGUGUCGGUACAAAGCUGUAGGGGCUUAAAAUAGUGCAAUACACUUCAGGGAAUUCAUCAAAAUGUGAAGCUGUUCAUGUGCUAUGAUGUAAGGGUUGUUGCUUGCAACAAAACGUGUUAACUUUGGUUGGUUGUUAUUCACUUGUCGUACUCGCUCAGUAAUAAUGCUCAGCUGCAGAGCUGCUCUGAGGAGCCUCUGCAGGCAUUUAGCUAUUUACUGCCAGUGCAUCACAGAGAAUAUGUGGCUGAAAUGAAGGCAAAUGGACGUCUAAUAUACUGGGAAGAGCCCUGAACAGAAGCACCAGUGGUGGCACUCUUGAACUUUGGGGAAGUUUGGCUCCCGAUCCCAACCUGAGUUUGGUAGCUCAGGUCUACAGUUGUCACUAGAAGAAGGCAGCUUUUGUCAUCUCUUGCCACACAGUGGUAUGUAGGACAACAGUGUUCUUAAUGCAGAAUGGGAGAGAACGGCAGUAGCUCAGAUACUCUGCGGUCGCUGCUUUAAACCACAGCAACCUGUACAGCAUCUUUGCAAUGGGGUUGACAUGGGCCAUCAGCUGUGAACAUACCUGAACUUCAGAGAAGUUCGGAGUCAGAUCUGAAUCAGGAUUCAGAUGCCACCACAUUGACCCGACACUACAUCAAACAAAAUGAAACAUGCCAGAAAUGUGUAAAUAAAUAAUCCCUCUGGGAGUGUCACAGAAGCACAGUCUGAUUUGAGACUUAGUGAAAAUGCCCAGGGUCUACACAGUGCUUGGGCCAAAGUACGGCCAGGACCAGGGAUAAAUUUGGCCCAUUGACUUAUAAACUCUGCUGAGCAAAUACAGAGAGUAACAUCAGGAGCAAAACAAAGGCAUUUGGCUAGCGUCAGGCUUGGCAGAAUUCAUUUUUUUAUGCGUAAGUAUUUUUCCGAUUAUUAUUGAUUAAAAUUUUCCCAGUUACACAGAAUUAUGGGGUUUUAUGCAUUUUUUCAGUAUUUAUCAAUUUAAAUUUUCACAGAUGCAGGAAAUGCUGGGGGAGGAAGCCAGACAGUUAUUUAAUGACAGGAGAGGUUGAGAUUCAAACAGUUAAAACUUUAUAACCAUCAACAUCACAUGUCAAACUGUACAAAGUAAAUAUCCUCAAAUCAAAUUCUGAAGCAGCAUUUCUCUUACUUUGCCUGUCAGUACAUUUUGAUUAUUAGCGAUGGAAAUAUUUGUGUUGGUUUGCGUGUGUACGAUGAAAUUGACAUAUAAAGCUAAUCCUUCCAAGCCUUGCUCUAGUUA